AUGUCGACUCAAGCACAUGUUACCGAAGCUGCGCAGCUCGUCGGCUAUACUUUCACCACCUCUCUCCAUUUGGAGGGCAUGGGAAACGACUUCUGCAUGAGACCUCUUCGGAUCUGCUGGCCGGUAUACCAGAAGAAUGUCAUCUUUUCGCAAUUGCAGGAAGUAGUCACUGCUGAUGUCGACGGAGAGUCAGUAGCGUACGAGAAGUACAUAUCAAUUGUCCAAACCAACAGUCGCCGUCGUUUUCGUCGUCCCAAGCCCCUACCAAUGCAGCGCAAGCAAGUUGAAGACGGUCUAGAUCUCACCACGACAGUGGACGCCCAGCCAACAACGGUCCAGAAGCGUCGACGAGACGACAGUGAGGCCGGUGGCGACCGAAUGGAGCCUCCCAGGACCAAGAGUGGCAGACGUGUGCCCAAAGGCUGCACGACCACCACGAGGAGUGGCAAUGCAGCAGGGAGCGACACGCCGACGAUCCCGCGAGAAGUCAUGCGAUGGGCUUGUUCUUUACGGAAUCGCUAG